AUGGCGCCUCUGUCAGUCACCUUCCCCCCUCCCUUUCCUGCUCGGCUCUGGACGCGACCAGCUGGUUCCAAUCAUCACCUCGUUAAGCCGCCUACUUCAGGAGAUCCAGGACCUGACGUCAACGCCAGAAUCAUCCUCACGAGUGUGCUCCUCGGGCUGCAGUUCUCCAGUCCCCCUCGACGUCUUCCCUUCGGAUCCAGCAAGCUGCAGUCUCGAGCUCCGUCUGCCUCCACCCUCCAGUCAGCCGCCACGCAGCAACAAAGACUUGUCUCAGCUCAAACUGCUGCUUACGGCAACAACCCGACUUCCGCUGACGCCAUUACCCCCGAAAACUUCCGCCUGCAGCCGGAACCAUUCAGCGGCGAUGUUGCAGCCUGCGGAGGAUUCCUCCUACAGUGUGGUAAACAACUUUUUCGCAUCACGUCUCGUACCAAACCGGCCCUCAUUCUCACCUCCGGCAACCAUAGAGAAUACCACCAGUUUUUUAUCACACAAUGCCCUCAGACCCCCAUCAUCCUGGGUUUCUCCUGGCUCCAAACUCAUAAUCCACGCAUCGAUUGGGCCGUUCCUCGCAUCACCAACUGGAGUACUUAUUGCAUGGCAAACUGUCUUCAUUCCGCCAUUCCCUCCUCUAUUUCCAUCACCUCGGAGUCCGAAAUGAAUACCGACCUGUCCAACGUUCCUUCCUGCUAUCACGACCUCAGAACUGUUUUUUGUAAAUCCAAAGCCAGUACACUAUCACCCCAUAGACCAUAUGACUGUGCCACAGAACUGCUCAACGGCGCCCCACUCCCUAAAGGAAGACUGUUCAAUCUUUCCGGUCCUGAAAAGGAGGCCAUGGAAAACUACAUUCAGGAGGCCCUUUCUCUCCACCACAUCCGUCCCUCUACAUCUCCAGUCGGUGCAGGAUCUUUCUUCGUGCAGAAAAAGGACAAAACCCUGAGACCCUGCAUCGACUACCGUAAUCUCACCUGGGAGAUCGAGAACAAAGUCCAACAAGCCCAAGGUGAGAUACCUGAUCAUGCUACCUGUCCUCCUGGAACUUUGUAUGUACCCGACUCUCUGAGAUCUGAGGUGUUGACGUGGGGGCACGCCUCUAAGAUUGCCUGUCAUGGGGGAGUUCGUAGAACCACCAACCUGCUACGUCGACGGUUUUUCUGGCCUUCCUUGGAGAAAGACGUCCGUGAGUACGUGGCAGCUUGCUCAGUUUGUGCUCGCUCUAAGAACUCUAAUUCACCCCCCUCCGGACAUCUGUUGCCUCUGCCCACACCUAGUCGCCCUUGGUCACACAUUGCGCUAGAUUUUGUUACCGGUCUGCCUCCGUCCCAAGGGCACACUGUAAUUCUAACGGUCAUUGAUCGCUUUUCCAAGGCUGUCCAUUUCAUUCCACUAGCACAACUCCCCUCUGCCUCCGAAACUGCGGAUAUCCUGGUCCAUCAUGUGUUUCGUUACCAUGGAAUUCCUAGUGAUAUCGUGUCUGACCGCGGACCCCAAUUCACGUCUCAAGUUUGGAGGUCGUUCUGCUCCGCCCUCGGGGCCACGGUCAGUCUUAGUUCUGGCUACCAUCCGCGGUCCAACGGGCAAGCUGAGAGGGCAAACCAAGAGUUGGAAGCAGCUCUUCGAUGCUUGGUGGCGCAAAAUGAAGCAGACUGGUCCAAAUACCUUAUCUGGGUGGAGUAUGCUCACAACACUCACUCCUCUACCGCUACUGGCAUGUCCCCCUUUGAAGCCUCCUUAGGGUUCUCACCCCCUCUGUUUCCCUCUCAGGAACUCGAUCUGGCACAGUGCCCUCGGUCCAGCUCCAUCUUCAACGGUGUCAGGACAUUUGGCGGCAGGGUGGUGGGACCCGUCUAUCUACCGGGGCAGAAGGUGUGGCUGUCAUCCCGCAAUAUUCCUGUUCAGGCGUCCUCUCGUAAGCUGGCACCCAGAUACAUCAGCCCUUACGAGAUCGACCACAUCAUCAACCCCUCCUGCGUCCGGCUGCGCCUACCUGCUGCUUUGAAGGUACAUCCCGCAUUCCAUAUUUCUCAAAUCAAGCCUGUCCACGAAAGCCCGUUGUGCCCACCGUCCGCUUCCCCUCUGCCCGCCCGUAUCAUUGACGGCGCGCCGGCCUUCACCGUCAGCCGGGUGUUGAACGUCCGGCGCCGGGGUCGGGGUUUCCAGUUUCUCGUGGACUGGGAGGGAAUCAUCCUCACGAGUGUGCUCCUCGGGCUGCAGUUCUCCAGUCCCCCUCGACGUCUUCCCUUCGGAUCCAGCAAGCCCUCAGUCUCGAGCUCCGUCUGCCUCCACCCUCCAGUCAGCCGCCACGCAGCAACAAAGACUUGGUCACAGACUCUCCUACAGAGAAAUUAA